AUGCCCAACCAAUGGAAACCCACUCCUCCGCUGGAGGUAAUUGCGCCACAUAUUCUUCGCAUGUGGAAGGCACGCCAGACAGACCAUCAGAUUGUCCUUGAGCUGCAGAAGCACAUCGACACAACUCGCUACGGCAUCGGACGUACCAAAUUUCUCGAAAUCCGCAAAGCAAUGGGUCUUCAACGGACCCGUCAGCAAGCACAUACUGUUGAGUCUAUCUGCGAUGCAAUGGUCGAGUUACGUGCGAUCUAUCCGAAUGCGGGAGCACGCGAAAUGGCAAGCUUACUGUAUCAUGAGCAGGAUAUGAGUGUGGCUAGGAGUGUCAUAACAUCAUACUUUGCGGUGUUUGAACCUGAUCUUGUCCAUGCUGCACAUGGAAAUCCGCAGUUGAUUCUUACCUAUUACCUUGACACGCUUGAGGAACUUGGCCAUAUGCCUAUGGUAACACAAGGCGACCCUGGUUCUGAGAAUUUCAGCAUUGCAAACGCCCACACCAUGUUGCGGCAAUGGCAUGACCCAGCUUUGCAUGGCACACUCCAGCAUCGCUGGAUGCAAAGCAAGAAAAACGUCAUGCCUGAAAUUAUGUGGUCUCAACUGCGUCGCCGUUUCACCCCAGGGUUUGAAAACCUACUAGAUCAUGGUGUUAACGCGGGCUGCUCACAUGUUUGUUCAGACUGGUUUUCCGUUGGGUCUUUCAUCCCGUGGCUCCAGCGGGAGCUGGAUGCCUAUCAGGAUCGCGUCAAUAACUCCAUGAAACGGCACGACCGCAACAAGAUUCUCCCACACGGCAUCCCAAAUAUUAUCUACGAGGCAGCUGAAGACUUCGGUGCCUUGGAUUUCAAGAUCAAACUUGAACCAGAGGCUUUAGACCAUGUACGAAGUGCCUACAUCAAGCCUUCGCAUCCAGUAUUUGAUCUGGUUCCCGAGGCGUUUGGAGAAUGUAUCUCGCACUUCUAUGAUGAAUUGGGUCACCCAGCAGUUACACGGCAAUCAGCUUGGGAGAUUUAUCUUCAGUUGUUGGAAAUGUUGCAGCACGCUGAUGAGCUGCCUCCGCAGAUUGAGCUCCUAGACAGCGAAGAUGAAGAAGUUAUCCCACUUUUGGACAAUUAUGAGGACCUACCUGCACACGAGGAAUCCAACAACGCAUAUUAUAUGGGGGGUGUGAAUGGAGGACUCGGCAUGGAUACCAGGACAUCAUUGUCAAUUGGACAUCCUUGA